AUGGCAGCUUCCAAAAAUCCCAUCAAGGACCCAGAUGUAUUGGAGACUCACACCUCGGACCUGGAAGCAGAGAACACCCACCAGGAUCCAGGCGACCUCUUGUAUCGAUCGGACAGAACAGAGCUCACACCAGUUGAAGCAUUCAAAUGGAGUGUAGAGGGGGAUCAGUCACCGUUUCCAGAAGUUGCGGCUUGUGUAUCUAACAAAGAUGAUCCUACUCUCGCUUGUAACAUUUUCCCUAUUGGUCGAGCGUGGGAAAAGCUUCCUAGAUGGAGGGUCCCUUUGGGUGUCUUUUCAUUUGACAUCAAUCCAGGAAAAUUCACUGUCAAGGAACACGCAUUCAUUGUUAUUUGUGUUAACAUCAGCGCAACUACCGCCUAUGCCCAGGGCGCCCUGGUAGCGAUCAUUAGCCCUGUAUACUGGAACCGCGAAUUUGGUGCUGGUUUCUCUUUUUUAUACCUGUUGACAACUCAAAUGAUAGGAUUCGGUCUGACAGGGCUUGCUCGCCGGUGGAUUGUAUACCCUGCAGCCCUAGUCUGGCCUACUUCGCUAUCCUCGACUGUUCUCUUCCGGGCACUGCACGAACCUGAAAGCCGCAAACCCGCCAAUGGCUGGACAAUCACUCGGUAUCGCUUUUUUGCUUACAUCACGGCCUUUGCAUUUGCUGCAUUCUGGUUUCCGGAUUACAUUUGGACGAGUCUUAGUACAUUUGCUUUCAUCACUUGGAUUGUGCCUCAUAACCAGAAAGCGAAUACACUAUUUGGGAUGAAUUCCGGCUUGGGCUUACUACCCAUCAGUCUCGAUUGGACACAGAUCAACUACGCCGGCCACCCACUCACCACACCAUUUUACAUCACCUGCAAUGCCUUCGCUGUCGUCGUGCUGUUCUACUUCUUUUUGUCACCGAUUCUAUACUAUACGAAUGUAUGGUAUAGCGCCUACCUUCCACUCCUUUCAUCAGGCACAUUCGACAACACGGGUGGCUCAUACAAUGUAUCUCGCGUCGUCGACGCAGGUUCGAAUUUCGUCGAGAGCAAGUACAAGGAGUACUCCCCGAUGUACAUUUCCAUGUCUUACUCUCUCACCUAUGGACUAUCCUUCGCUGCAGUGACGGCGAUUGUGGUGCAUACCUACCUAUACAACGGCACCGAGAUCUGGGCUCGGCUCAAGAAUUCGCAGCAUGGUGGUGAAGAUGUCCACCGGCGUUUGAUGCGUGCUUAUAAAGAAGUCCCGGAAUGGUGGUAUGGUGUUCUCUCUGUUGUAACGAUUGGGCUGGGAAUUUUGACGACCAAGUUUUGGGACACAGAGCUGCCAGUCUGGGGCUUUAUUGUGGUUUGCGUUGGGCUGGCUGUGCUCUUAAUGGUCCCUGAGGGGAUUCUUCAGGGUACAACCAACCAGCGCGUGUUCCUCAAUAUCAUCACGGAGAUGAUUGCUGGGUAUGCUUGGCCUGGAAAGCCAAUUGCCAACUUGAUGGUGAAGUGCUAUGGUUAUAACGCUGUCAAGCAUGGUAUGGACUUUGCGCAGGACUUGAAACUUGGGCAAUAUAUGAAAAUUCCCCCGCGCGUUCUAUUCUUCGGCCAGAUAUAUGCUAGUAUUCUAGCAACGGCAACGCAGACUGGAGUCUUACGAUGGAUGAUGGGGCACAUCACCGAUCUAUGCGAGCCAAAGAACAAGCAACGCUUCACAUGCAACGGUGCCAAAGUCAUGUACAAUGCGUCCUUGAUUUGGGGGACCAUUGGUCCGCAACGGAUGUUCCAGUCCGGGCAGGUGUAUAACGGGCUUGUAUACUUUUUCCUCAUCGGACCUAUUGUUACUGGCAUUGUAUAUCUGCUGUACCGCCGCUACCCCAACAGCUGGAUCCGCUACAUCAAUGUGCCAGUUUUCUUCAAUGCGGCUGGUAAUAUACCACCUGCCAACACCACCCAAUACUCUCUUUGGUUCAUAGUCGGCUUUAUCUUCAACUACUUGAUCCGCAAGCGCGCCUUUGACUGGUGGAAGCGCUACAAUUAUUUACUGCAAGCUGCCAUGGAUACCGGAACAGCUAUUGCGACCAUCAUUAUCUUUUUCGCGCUUGGAUAUCACUCUAUCGCUUUCAACUGGUGGGGAAACACUGUGGGAUCUAAUACCGACGAUGCGAAUUCCGUCCCUUGGUUGACUGUCCCCAAAGGUGGAUACUUUGGGAAGGGACCUGGAGAGUUUUGA